AUGCUCAAAACAAGGCUUGCUUCCGCACUUCGACAUCCACUUAUCCGUCGCCAAGUCCACGCAUCUGCGCCAGAGAUGACUUCCGUCAACAAGACGGCCCACCCCUUUGAUAAAAUUCGGUUCGAUGCUCUGCUCAACCGACGGUUUUUCUAUGCCCCUGCGUUUGAGAUAUAUGGCGGGGUUGCUGGCUUAUAUGACUAUGGCCCACCUGGCUCGUCGCUCCAAGCAAAUAUUAUUGCAGAAUGGCGGCGACACUUCAUCGUUGAGGAGGCUAUGUACGAACUAGACACCACAAUCAUGACGCCAGCGCCUGUUUUCGAAGCGUCUGGCCACGUGGCGCGGUUUGCGGACUGGAUGGUGAAGGAUACCGGCAACGGUGAAGUCCUUCGAGCGGACCAUCUCGUCAAAAAUGUGCUUGAAGCAAGACUGGAGGGUGAUCGGGAGGCUCGUGGUGCUGCACUUGCUCCAGCACCGGACAAAGAUAAAGACAAGAAAAAGAAGAAGCAGCAAAAGACCACCGCGGUCAAGUUGGAGGAUGCUGUAGUGGCAGAAUACGAAUCCAUUUUGGCUCAGCUCGAUAACUACUCCGGUCCUGAGCUUGGCCAGCUUAUGAAGACCCACACAAUCACCAACCCGAGCUCUGGCAACCCCGUUGGCGAGCCUCAACAAUUUAACUUGAUGUUCGCAAGUAGUAUCGGCCCUACUGGCCAACAUCCUGGGUUUCUCCGACCAGAGACUGCUCAAGGGCACUUCCUGAACUUCAAUCGUCUUCUUGAAUUCAACAACGGGCGUGUUCCAUUUGCUUCAGCCCAAGUCGGGCGUUCUUUCCGCAACGAAAUCUCACCUCGAGCCGGUCUUCUCCGCGUGCGCGAGUUUACUAUGGCAGAAAUCGAGCAUUUCGUGGAUCCACUUGACAAAAACCACCCACGAUUCGCCGAAGUUGCUGAUGUCGAGCUCGUUUUGCUCGACAAAUACACCCAGGCGGCGGGUGGUACUACUACCAAAGUCAUGACCGUGGGUGCUGCCGUGAAGGAAGGCGUCAUAGCCAACGAGACUCUCGGUUACUUCGUUGCACGCAUCCAUGCAUUCCUACUGCGAAUCGGCAUCGACAAGCGGAAACUGCGCUUCCGCCAACACAUGGCGAACGAAAUGGCCCACUAUGCAGCUGAUUGCUGGGACGCCGAGAUCCAAAAUAGUGUCGGUGGCUGGACGGAAUGCGUUGGUUGUGCGGACAGGGCAGCCUACGACUUGAGCGUGCAUACCGCCAAAACCAAGGUCCCGCUUGUUGUACGACAAGCACUGAAAGACCCGAUCGUCGAAGAGAAAUCGGUGGCAGAAUGGGACAAGAAAGCCCUGGGCAAGACGUUUAAAGGCGAAGCAGGCGCUAUUGUCGCGACAGUAGAUGCUCUUGGGGAGGAAGGCCUUGUCAAUCUGCAGAGUCAACUCGUGCAAGGUUCUGCAACAAUCAAGACGGCCGAAGGGAAGGAAGUUGUCCUUGAGCCGUCAUUGCUGACGAUACAACGCAAAACAUUCAAAACAUCAAUUCGGGAGUUUACGCCCAACGUCAUCGAGCCAUCAUUUGGCAUUGGUCGUAUAUUGUACUGCCUUCUCGAGCACAGUUUCUGGUCUCGAGAACAAGAUGUCGAACGUGGCGUCCUAUCUCUACCCGCACUCGUCGCGCCGACCAAAGUCCUGAUUGUGCCUUUGAGCUCCAAAACUGAGUUUGAGCCGCUUGUCAAAGAAGUUUCAAUAAAACUGCGUCAAGCAGGCAUCCACGCUCGUGUAGAUGACUCGAACACGUCGAUUGGUCGUCGCUAUGCUCGUAAUGACGAGCUGGGGACUCCAUAUGGUGUUACCCUAGAUUUUGCAUCCGUUCAAAAUGGCACAAUGACCCUUCGGGAACGCGACACAACGGACCAACGCAUUGGGCCAAUUGACGAGGUCAUCGCGGUGGUUGAAGGCCUGGUGAAUGGCAAGAUCGACUGGGCGCAAGCAUGCGAGCGGUUACCGGUCUAUGAUGGUGUUCAAGCUGUCGAAUGA